AGCAUAAAGUUAUAUUUGCCGAAAUAACAACAAGAGUACAGGAAAUAUUCCUCAACCGGGAUCAGCAUCAAAUUUUCACAAAAUGUUCGGUGGUCAGGCGAAAUCGAUCUUGUUAAUGAUCGCAAUAAUAACAGCUAUCUGUGUUACUGUGGUGACCGUGGAAUGCCCGGAAAAUGCCGAUGAGGAGAAGACUAGUGGAGUAAUUGAAUACAAUAAAAUCCCUCGCAAAGCAUGUGUUUGGCCAUUUCCUACCCAAACCACACCCAACCAAUACUUGAUUUUAACCAUUCAAGCCCUCAACUGGGUUGAUUCAAACAAUUACUGCGCUGGAUAUUUGAAACUAACAGGUUUGCCAAAGACCUGCGUUAUUGCACAGAAGAUGAGAGUAAUUUAUUAUCCUUACUUAGCCAGUUGCAAUGUGGGCAAUCUUGUUGGAGACGAGUGGAAUGCAGAAGAGACCGAGACAAGCAACAUCAUAAUCAAAGUUAAUAAUCUUCCUAGCUCUAUAGAGUUUAAAGCGACGCGUGCAGAAAGCAAGAAUUUGAUCAUCAACUACGAGUAUAAGGGAUGCGAAGUGUCAACAGACGAAGAUAAUGAUUCUUUGGAUAACGAUGACGACGACACUUUUGAUGAUGAAGAAACGAAAAAUGAAGCCACUCAAUGUCCGAACGCUAAGCCUCACGAAGAAACAGAAAAACCAUCAAACAACACAUCUCUCGUCAUUCUGGUCGCGAUUCUUGGAACAUCACUGAUCGUCACACUGAUUAUUAUUACCGUUAUGGCUCAAAAGCUGAAGGCACUGAAGAACAAACUGACGGAUAAAACGCAGCAGAGCAGCUCUCCUGAUGCAGUCAUGGUUGUGAACGACUUCUACGGUGAAGGUGAUUUUCAGCAAAGUCAACAAGCGAGUCAAUUCACGCCCGAUCCCACCGCAGUGUAUGCUGUGGUCAACAAGUCAAAGGGUUAACCGUGAAGUAGGGCUGGGCAUUUUAAAUCGAAUAAUAAAAUAUUCGAAUCGAUUAUUUAAGACGACAAUUUCGAAUCGCCGCCUUCUUUUUUUUGUUCACCAAAGAUCGAGGUGAAUCCUUAAUUUUUUUUGUUAAAACCAUUUCCCGCCGUGACGUUUCGGUCGCUGUUUUUCUUUUAAUUCUCUCUGCGGCCAGUUCGAAACAUGUCCAUACUUGCACCUCUUGCAUUUUUAAAUAACAAUGCUGCCUUUUUUCUCAGUGAGGUAUUGAUGAAACAUAAGUUUCUUAUUGUGGGUGAACACUGACUGAUAAACCAAUAUAUUUACAGUAAUUUAUGUGUCUGGUGGCCCCAUUACAAUGAAAAGUCACAUACCAUUACGUCGCUGUAUUAAUUUUAAUAUCAUCGAAGUAUUCGAGAUUUGAUUUUGAAAUCAUCAGGUAUUCAAAAAUGCCCAGCCCUGGUUGUUUACUCAGUAAUCCCAAACAAAUCUUUUUAUUUUAUCUCGUGUAUUGAAAAAGACGUAAUAAAGAUUUCAUAGGCAAUAUAGCCACUAAUGUGUUCAUUCCACAGUCUAAACAGAGUUCUACCAGUGUAUGCCAUUGUUUUGGUACUCCCGUAGUAUGUGUACCAGGUUAAGGUUAGGCCAUAAUUUUAUUCCGAUUUUCCUCAUUAUAGUUCUAUUACGAGUUUGGGACUGUCUAUGUUAGCCAAUGGAAUAUACCCCCUGCCCAUAGGUUUUAGUCCUUUUACACAACUUGACGUAAAGUAGGCGAACAAAAUUAGUUACCUCCCAUAUUGGUACACAUACUUCUAGAGCGCCAUUGUUUUUUUGUGCUUCUCUCCGAAACAAGCAAUAGGUAAUGCUGUGAGAAUGGUUAGUCAGUAGAAAAACCCAGAUUUCAUCAUUUAUGUAUUUGAAUUUAGUUUGAGUUGUAUAUAAAUCAGCUUACCCUUAUGUGUUCCAUCUUUAUUAUGACGCCACAGAAGGCGACCGAUGCUCAUACGUAAUGAGCUUGAAUAGCGAGCAACAUUAUGAAUUCGUGUUUAUUCAAACAAUAUCCUAUUUGGAAUUAAUUUUCGAAUACGCAUCAAUUUACCAGUCUCUGUAUAUGUGUACAGGGGAAAGAGCUGAAUGUGCUAUUAAAGAAUCGGUUUAUAUGUGCCCUAUGACAGGUUUUCCCAAACUUUUUGGGCCGCGGACCCCUAUUUGUAAAUUUUAGUUUUGACGAACCCCCAUCCUAUGCCGAAUCAUUAAUUCGUUUUCGUAUUAUGUGUAGAGACCAUCAUCUUGUUUUAAUGAAUUUUUUUUAUAUGUCAGUUAUAAACAUAAUCGUCGAUGUAUAUUUCACUCUGCUUAUUUUCUUUUUACUAUCAUUUAAGACUAUUGUUUUUAUUGCGCUUUAAAACACAGAAAAUACUUUAUUUCUAUUUCUGACAAACGAGUUUUCAUUUCUAAGUCUAUGCAUUGUAAUAUUUUGUGUAUUUUGGCUGAAUACAAAUUUCGGGCACUGGUUCUUGAUUUUCGAGUCAAGACAAGUCACGACCCACUCGAGUCACAAGUCAUAUCGCUGAAGUCCAGUCACAUGUCGAUCCCAAGCCAUAUAAAUUCUAUAAACAAGGCGAAAUAAAUAAUUAAGUGUCAUCUUGACAAUAAGAUGCAUCUUGCGUUAAACCAAAAUUAUGUUGAAAGUUGCCAUGGUUACCCCGCCAGUCGUGUCCUAUGUCGUUUGCUUCCAUUGUAACAAGCGACAAUGGGAUAUCGGGUUGCUUAAAUGUAUCUCAAGUCCGGCUUUUGUUUGUAUUCUAUGUUCGAUUUUUAUCCUAAGUAUAAUUUAGUGUUAGACUCGCUCCAUCACAUGUGACGAUUCUCGAUAAGCAUCUAGUUUAUGGCGUCUUCCUUCACGCUGAAAAACAUUUUUUUCCCUCUCAUAUUCUGUAUGUACAAUGUGUAAUUUAAGCAUGUGUAAAAAUAAACUACUGUACUGACUGAUCCAGAAUUUGAAAAUGGAUUGACAAUGUUCACAUCGACGUAAUUGAGCUAUUACUACAUAAAACAAAAGUAUGAAUGUUUCCCCGACCUCUGACGCCAGAACUUUUCCCCAUAACUUCAAUUGUUAUUUUGCGAGUGUUUUCGAUACUGGGAGCUCACAUACUGAUUCACAUGCUCAAAACUUUUUACUUUAUGAAAAAAUAUAACCACGUGCUCACAGGCUCUGAUAGCUAACUUUAGCCUAGUCUAUCGCAUAUUAUUCGGGACUAAUUUUUGAUUAUUGCAACUAAACUAAAGCUCAUCGGAAUACGUAAUGACAAAUAAAUUACUUCAUUUAAAAUUAAUUCAUGAAAAUACACUUGAAAACUGACAAAUAACACCAAAACCGCAAAAACGGGACAAUGUUUACAACCAUGGAAGAAUUUCUGUCCGGGCGACUGCAAAAAUGGCAAUUGUUACGUCACCGUUGCCUUUUUGCCGAUUGGUCAUUGUUACGGAAAUAAACAAGGAACGAUGUUCGGGGAAACAUCCAUUCUUUUUUUGUAUUAUUUCUAUCAUUUAAAUGUAUUUAGCUUAUUUUCAAUCUUAUUUAUUGGCAAAGUGAAGAUUUUAUUUCCAAAAGGUUUUAAUGGAAAGUUCGAUGUUAUUUAUGCUUUGU